AUGUCGUACAUGUUAGCUCACCUCCAGAACGGCUGGCAAGUCGACCAGGCCAUCCUUUCGGAGGAAGACAAAGUUGUGGUGAUUCGUUUCGGUCACGAUUGGGAUCCUACUUGCAUGAAAAUGGAUGAGGUGCUCUACGGCAUUGCCGAGAAAGUUAAGAACUUCGCCGUUAUAUAUCUUGUGGAUACUACGCAAGUGCCGGACUUCAACAAGAUGUACGAGUUGUAUGAUCCAUGCACAGUGAUGUUCUUUUUCAGGAAUAAGCAUAUAAUGAUAGAUUUGGGGACAGGAAACAACAAUAAAAUUAACUGGGCGUUUGAGGACAAGCAGGAGAUGAUUGACAUUGUGGAAACGGUGUAUAGGGGGGCGAGGAAGGGCCGCGGUUUGGUCGUAAGCCCGAAGGAUUAUUCAACAAAAUAUAGGUAUUAA